CGACGCUGUUAUCGAUUGUCCGUCGCGACGCGGCGUGAGUUUGUGAGUGUGCCGAGCGACGGUAAGGACGUUUUUUCCGUCCUCGCAAUCGACAGAUCAACAUGGCAACCUCCGCAAAAUCAGCCACCAUAAUCUAGGAUUGGGAUGUUAUUAUACCUAGUGCCCAACUGACAAACGAAAUACGACAGCCAUGGCGAACACGGCCCAUCUCGUUCGCAGACAGAGCUCUCGCGACUUAAACCCCCAACGAUCCCUAGACCGUCUGGAACUUCGCGAGAUGAGGGGUCGUCUGGUCGUUGAAAACGGAAGUACUGGAGGACCGUACGGAGCCACCAAUGCGGCUUUUAUCGAAGAGUCCAGUCCUGGUAGUAAAGUCAGGUCGACUUGCAGCAGUAAGAGAAACUCAACUGAUGGCAAAGGCAUCUUCAAACCGGAAAGUGGAGAAGACGACAGAGAAUCCUGGGACAGCAAGUUGACGUUCCUGUUGGCCACAAUCGGUUAUGCAGUGGGACUGGGUAACGUGUGGCGGUUUCCUUAUCUGGCGCAAAAAAAUGGCGGCGGUGCUUUCCUUAUACCGUACUUUGUUAUGUUGUGUAUCGAGGGCAUCCCGAUCUUCUAUUUGGAACUGGCCAUUGGACAGAGGUUGAGGAAGGGGGCUAUUGGCGUGUGGAAUCAGGUUUCUCCAUUUUUAGCAGGCAUUGGUAUCAGCAGCGCUGUGGUUUCAUUCAACGUGGCUCUAUACUACAACACCAUCAUAGCUUGGUGCCUGUUUUACUUUGUGCAGAGUUUCCAAAGCCAGCUUCCUUGGGCAGAAUGUCCAAACGUCUAUUUUCCUAAUGGAUCCUAUACAAUUGAACCAGAAUGCGAAGUCAGUAGUCCAACACAAUUUUUCUGGUACCGGACAACUUUAAUAAUCUCAGACGAUAUCAAUACACCAGAAAACUUCAACUGGAAAAUCGCGUUAGCCCUUUUAAUAGCCUGGAUAUUGGUUUAUCUUUGUAUGAUCAAAGGUAUAGCAUCGUCAGGAAAAGUGGUGUAUGUGACAGCUACAUUCCCGUAUCUUGUCCUGAUUAUCUUCUUCUUCCGUGGGAUAACUCUGAAAGGUGCUGGCGAUGGAAUAAGGCAUCUCUUCACUCCUACCUGGCAUACUAUCCUAGAUCCAGUCGUUUGGUUGGAAGCAGGGACGCAAAUCUUCUUCUCUCUCGGAUUGGCAUUCGGUGGCCUCAUAGCAUUCUCUUCGUACAAUCCAGUUAACAAUAACUGUUACAGAGACGCCAUAAUGGUUUCUAUGACCAACUGUUUCACUUCCAUGUUCGCAGGUAUCGUAGUUUUUUCAAUUAUCGGUUUCAAAGCCACCAUGACGUACGAACGAUGUUUGGAUGUUAGGAAUGUAACGUUGAGCGAAACGUUUGGGGAUUAUUUCAAUGGCAGCAAUCUUCCGGAAGCCGGAUCAUUAGUCAAGUUUAGUUAUGGCGGAGAGAUUAUCAGCAAAGUGAUGCCCGAACUGCCCGUCUGCGAUCUUCAAAAAGAAUUAGAUAAAUCUGCCUCAGGGACAGGUCUGGCCUUCAUAAUUUUCACCGAAGCAAUAAACCAAUUUCCAGGUGCACAAUUCUGGUCUAUCCUGUUCUUCCUGAUGUUGUUCACGUUAGGCAUCGAUUCCCAAUUCGGAACCCUCGAGGGAGUGGUCACAUCGGUAGUGGACAUGAAGCUCUUUCCCAAUUUACCUAAAGAAAUAUUGACUGGCAGCCUUUGCGUCGCUUGCUGUAUCAUUUCGAUGGCCUUUGCUCACGGCGCUGGUAGCUACGUUUUUGUGCUGUUCGAUAACUUUUGCGGGAAUUAUCCGUUGUUGAUUAUAGCUUUUUUCGAAUGUAUAGCUGUGUCCUACGUAUAUGGAUUAAGAAGAUUUGCAGACGACAUAGAAAUGAUGACAGGCACCCGCCCUGGUCUCUACUGGUUGAUCUGCUGGAAAUAUUUAUCUCCUCUAGCCAUGAUAUCAAUUUUAGUAGCCAGUUUCAUAGAAAUAGCAGUAGACGGUACUGGCUACGCGGCUUGGGUGUCGGCAAAAGGAGAAACAGUUCGACAGCCUUGGCCUGUAUGGGCUAUAUUGUUAAUUACAGUGUUGGUACUAGCUUCGGUUCUUUGGAUACCAGGAUGUGCCAUUGCUAGGUUAUUCGGCUAUGUGGUGAUCGACGACAACGAAAAGGCUUGGUUCCCGGCUAACGACCUCAAAGACUUCCAUGGAAUAAUGCCGCACGAAGUGUCCACUGCAGAAACUCUACUAUUCUGCAUCAGAUCCGAUGGGUCAGAAGGCCUCUGCUGCCCAACAACCUAUUCUUAUGACGAAGAUGAAGAGACUUAAGACAAUAAUUUCCUAAUAUCUUUAGACAAUAAAAACAAAAUCGCAAAAUGGACACACAGAGAUAAAUAAUUUGUACGACAGUAAAUCAGAGUAUUUUAAAGAAGAGUUAAUUAGUUUAAAUAUAUACAGGGUGUUUUUAAAUUUGCUCCGAAAAUAUGUAAGUAAAAUUAGGUUUUCUUUAACAAACACUUAUAAAGAGCAAUUAGGAGUAUUUUUUUCAGUUUUAACUGAAUAAUAGGAACGUUUUAACUUAUAUCUCCUAAUGAUUCUGCAAGAGAAUUGGUGAUGGACAAUCCAUCUACUACGACAUUUCCUAGUACAGUUAUACGGCUAUCGCAGCUAGAAAGACCGACACUGAAUUUGGGCGUGAAACUCCAAUAAAGUUUCGUUCAGUUCCUUUUGCAAAUCAUAAAUAAAGAGGCCGAAAAAGCUUCUUUAUCGACUUAGUAAUAACGGAGAUAUAGGCUUAGGUCCUUUUGGCGAUGCUACUGCGUACAGUUUUUCAUUGUAAAUGAUAUUUUACAUUCAAUAUACUUUGUCUCAUUCUACUCGAACCAUCAAGAAAAGAAUUCGAACAACAUAAAAACGAAAACACUUAACCCUUUAAAACGUCCACGACAUUUUUUUCAGAAAGUUUUAAUGGAACAGGUAUAUUCGAUAUCAACAUUUUAUUUUGAACAAAACAAUGAUGUUGUAACAAUUACAGAAAAAAAUUACAUAUGUGGACUCAAAUGAGUACACUGGGCUUAGGUGUGAUAUACCGCAAAGCAAUCGCGCUCGAUGCAAAGAGUAACAUUGCAUUUUAUACAAGCCCAUCUCACUCUGCAGUGGCAUAAAAUACAUCUGACCUGCUUCUUAAGUUUUUGUGGAAAGUGCCCUCUUCCACUUUUUCGAAUACUCUCAGGAACAUUAGCCAAAGGUCUCCUUCUGUUUAUAGUAACGCACCACAUAUUUUUGAAACGAUAGCAAGUCCAAUGAUUGGUUAGGAUUUGUUAGUUAUGUAAUCUCCAAGUAUUAACCAAAGCUACAUUAAACAUAUGUGUAAACAGCAACCACCAUCAUUUUUUGCCACAAAUACUAAUGCGGUAGUUAUUCAAAACGCUGGUUUAACAUAUCAACUCCACCCAUAAAACGAUUGUAUGUUUGGAAAAGCAAAGGCUCGGACAUCUACUUUUGCCUUUUCUAAGCUGGACCAGCGUUUCACUUUAUCCAAGGGCUCAACCCGAUCAUAAGUUGUCCCUAUAGUUACGACGCUUUUGUCUUUGCAGCGUACAAAGAGUAGUUUCGAUUCGGCGUCGUACCUUACUUCAUAACAACCACGUUCCUUCUGUUGAAAGCUUUCUGUUCGGUGAGUGGGCAGCGUCUUAUGCGGUUUUCCCUCACGGUUCCUGUAGCACGUUUCUUCUUAUCUCGUAAAAUAGCCAGAAGUUCAUGUCUGGUAAAAUAAUUAUCGAAGAAAACCUUAUGAUCUGAAGGGACUGCGAUAGUAUCAAGAAGUUCCAGAACAGCCUUAGACUCCAAAGGAAUUGAACUCAAUUCUUCUUGGUUAUUGAAUGUAGUUUUAGCUCCACAGUACGUAUAGAAUAAACAGCAGUAACCGGAGGCGCUACAAAGCAUCCAAUCUAUACAUCCAAAUCGUACUAACUUGCUCCUUAUGAAUUGUUUGGUUGAAUGAUGACCAUAGUAACAGACCAUUGCAUCGUCAAUUGACAACUUAUCAUGGAAGAUCCCCUAUUGAUUGAAAUUAUGAUUUAGCAAAGACAUGAGUGAGCGUAGUUUUGUCUGCCUUAUCUAUGUUAUUGUUGUCGGUCAUAUGGAUAUACCUUCUUAUAUCCAAGAAGCGAUUUCUUGACAUUGACUCAGUGACAAGUGGCACAUGAAGAUCUUUAUCAAGGCUCCAAUAAAGUCUCUCUCGAGGCAAUUUAUGGUAUCCACUGAGUAGCAGCAUACCCAAAAAUACUUUUAUAUCAGCCUUAGAUACAAAAAAGCUAUGAUCGUUUUUCUGCGUUAAGUAUAAAUUUGUUUGUUCUACAAUUAGGCUUAGAACAUCGUCGUUGAUGCUUUUCUCAAAGACCUCAAUAGACUCUAGCCUUUCUAGCUCGUGUUUGAGUACAUCUUUGUUCAAAAGUGCUCUUGGUGGCGCUCAUAUCGAUGUUUACAAUUUGACUUGUCUACUUUGGCUCUGGUUUUUUCAGUGCUUUAUCGCGCGGAACCCUUUUUACACUUUUGCUGUGAACUACUUGUACUGCAUUCAAUCUUUCUGAAAGAGGGAUAUCAUCUUCACUGUCCGAGUCUUCGAAAUCAUUAUAACUUUGAUGCCAUCAAAUUUCCACUUCGCCAGAAAUUUCAUUGGGAAGUGUAUUUUUACUUUGGAGGUCGUCUACCUCAAGAUCUUCUUCGUCAGUUUGAGUAUCGACUGCAGGGGGAAUAAUUAGGACGUCAAUAUCGCCUAUGUACUUAUUUAGACGAAUCUACAUAUGCGGCAGCUGCAGAUAAAUUCUUAUACCUCUUCUUAUAAAAUUAGCAUGCUGGUAUAGUUUGACAAUAUGUGUCCUUCAUGAUCAAACUACAAAAAAGGCACACAUAAGCAUAUUUUUAUACUCGGGAUUUUUGAGGCACAUGAUAACCCUUGGUACUCAAACGAGUACAACAAAGAUUGACAUGCAUUAGCAUACCGACAUCUACAGAAACAGGUUUCAUUUAUUUAUUUCAGUAUAAAACGAAUCUUUGCUUACCUGUUCUGCAUACUGGAAUCGUUCGAUACCACAGCGAGAACGCGUUAAAAAUAUUUGUGGCAAGCGGAGACAAAAAAAUGCGUUUGUAAUCGUAAUGUUUAGAAACAAGCUCAUUAGGCGAUAGUAACACAAUGAAUGUAGUUCCUCAAGCUAACACAGGUCUGUACCAAUGUGCACGUGGUACGGAUGGGCGUCAAAUGCAGUUACCGUCACAUGCAAUUCGCCAACAGUGCAACAUUGAUGGAAGUGCUUAUUGUACUAAAAUGAGUACAACGGGCGCUAAUGGCUAAUGGAGAACAGAAUAGAAAGCAGAUAUAGGCUUAGUUUCUUUUGACGAUGCUGCUGCGCAUAAUUUUUCGUUAUAAAUGAUAUUUUACAUUAAAUAUAGUUUGUUAAAUUCUAUUCGAAUCAUUAUAUACGAUAGUAUCACGUUCUGAUGAGUUACCUGUAAACUUUUUUCGAUGGUAAUAUAUCUUAAGGGAUUUUCAACGAGGCAUUUUCUCCUGAUUUUUUUUUUGGCAUUGAUUUAGACACAACCUGUAUGUAAAUUUCUCUUAAGUCUAAUUUAGCGGUAUUUAACUUGAUAUUAACUAUUUAAAAUUCAGUUUGGACAUAAUAUUUCGAGUCUAGCAUGCAACAAUCUGCAACAACUGCAACAUUGAGAUCAAAAGUGCCGAAGCAGAGUGAGCGAACCGAUUCUUUAGUUAUAAACUGUGCUGCUGUAUUAUUAAUUAUACUGGGAUUUGAACGUAUAUUAUUUUUUGCUUUUUAACCGUCAUUUUAAAUGUACAUUUUUGACAUGUAGCUCAAUUUAAUUUCGAUGAGUUAAUUUUUUUAAACUCCUUUGUAUAUUGACACGAACUUAUACAAGUAGACCUGUUGCACUUUAGAUUGGAAAUGUUUAUUUAAAUAAGUCUACUAAAUGUAACAUAUCAUCAAAAUUAAUACAUAUUAUAUCGUACUUAUCAAUCGUAAAUAGUUAGCUUACAAAGGAGAAAAAAAUUGUUAUAAUUUGCUAGUUUUUAAGGUAAAAAUGAAAAUAUCAUGAAAUUGGAAUAAUAAUAUUCCAUUCAUUUCAUUGUAAAGUUAAAAAAACGAUGAAUCUUUUAGUUUUAUAUCAAAAACUAAAUUAACCUGUACAAUCAGACUAUAUAGAUAUAUAAAAUAAUUCUAAAAAGUGGUAAUAAUUUAGAUAAUAAAUUAAUAUAAAAAUAAUAGAAACUCUGUGUGGCCAUUAUCAUGUAUUUCAAAAAAGUUUUCGAAUAGUAAUGAAAAGGGAAUAAAUUUGGUUCUCAUACUUUUUAUAGGAAUUGAUUAUACGAGGAAAACACCGAAACAUUGUGCAAAAUAAAACAUUGUGCCAUUAUUGAAAUGUAGAAUUCAGUAUUAUUUAGUUUUUGAGCAUAAAAAAAUUCUUAAAAUCGGAAAUACUUAAAUUUUAAAAACUAGGAAAUAAGUCAAAAUUGUAACCUAACUUUCUUUCUAAAUGGAGGGAAGUGUCAUACCAAUUGUAGUAUAACAAGGUGACGUAGGGUUAUGGUGAAAAACCUUUUAUUAUCGGAACAACAAACUAACAUAUGUAUAACUAGGAAACGAAUGAACUGAUAUAAUGUAAUGAAUGUUUAUUCGCGUAUGAAUAGAAGUAUUAUCUUGUAUGUACCCACUGAAUAACCAGCUGUAAUAUGUAUGUGUACGUUAAAACCACGUUUGUAUGUAUGUGUGUAAUAAAUGCAAGUGUCCGAGUUAUCUACCAUCUUAUUCGAUCGCGCUAGACAAACUAAAACAAUACGCCAUGAACUUCACAGAACACUGUCUCGGUGGGGAACCGUCAAAAGAAGAUAACCGUGUUACCACACCAAUCAUGGUCUUCAAAUACAAGGAGAUAGUACUGAGAUGAAUUUACUUCCUCUCUAGAUGAAUCCUAAUCCUAAUCUUCGAAUACAAGGACAUCGCCGUAAUGGAAAUAAAUUUGCUUUCUCUCUAGUCUAGAUGGAGGAAUUGUCCUGCUAAUUCUGAUCUUUAAUUCACGGACAAAGAUGAUAUUAAGAUAAAUUUGCUUUCUCUUUAGAUGGAAGAAGUUUCCUGAUAAUUCUGAUCCUAAAAUACAAAGACAAAGAUGGUAUUAUUAGAAAUUUGCUUCAUUUUUUAAUGGAAGAAAUGUCCUGCUAAUCUUAAUCUUCUAAUACAAAAAUCAAGAUGGUAUUGAAAUAAAUUUCCUUCCUCUUUAGAUGAAAGAAGUGUCCUGCUAAUCCUAAUCUUCGAAUACAAGGACAUAACUGGUAUUGAAAUAAAUUUUUUUCUCUCUAUAUGGAGGAAAUAUCCUAGUAAUUCUGAUCUUUUAAUGCAAGGAUAAAGAUGAUAUUGAGAUAAACUUACUUCCCCUUUAAAUGGAAGAAGUUUUCUGCUAAUUCUGAUCCUAAUAAAGGACAAAGAUGAUACGAUAUAAAUUUGAUUAUUCUCUAGAUGACUGAAGUGUCCUACUAAUCCUGAUCUUCUAAAACAAGGAAAAAGAUGAUAGUAAGAUAAAUUUGCUUUCUCUCUAGAUAGAGAAGGUGUUCUGUUGCUAAUCCUGAUCUUCGAAUACAAGAACAAAGGUGGUAUUAAGAAAAAUUUGCUUCCUCUUUAGAUGGAGGAAGUUUCCUACUAAUCCUGAUCCUAGAAUACAAAAACUAAGAUAACAUGAGAUAAAUUUGCCUCUUAUCUAGAUGAAGGAAGUGUCCUGGUAAUCCUGAUCUCUAAAUACAAGGAAACAGAUGAUAUUGAGAUAAAUUUGCUUUCUCUCUAGAUGGAAGAAGUGUCUUGCUGCUAAUCCUGAUGUUCGAAUACAAGGACAAAGAUGGUAUUGAAAAUAAUUGCUUCCCCGUUAGAUGGAGGAAGUUUCCUACUAAUUCUGAUCCUAGAAUAUAAGGACAAAGAUGACAUGAGAUAAAUUUGCUUGGUCUUUAGAUGGAGGAAGUUUCCUGCUAAUCCUGAUCCUAAAAUACCAGGGCAAAGAUGAUAUUGAGAUAAAUUUGCUUUCUCUCUAGAUGGAAGAAGUAUCCUGCUAAUACUGAUGUUCGAAUACA